CACAUGAAGAACAACCUUUUCAAGAUACUUUCCUCAAUCGCCUUGGUAUCGAUAUGCACUGCCACUCAAGCACUCACGCAGAGCCAGACAUUUACUAUUAAACUUCGACAUCGACCUGCGACGAUCGAAGCACAUCCGUCCCGGAAGUACGAUACCACCAGCGUAAACGUACAUCCUGAAUUAAAGUUUCAAGGGUCUAGCAGGGUGAUAGGGAAUGCGGGGCCGUUGUCCUGUAGCUGCUUUGGCGUGACUUAGUGAUGUGAUGGUAACUGAAUUUCAUUGCGGCCAAGCACUGGCGAACACAAUCUGAUGAUGCAUUGCCCUUGCCCUCAAAAGAAGAAGAAAACAGUGCCAUCAACUAUCCAGGUGAUAUCAAGGAGGAUGAGCUGCACCCACGUUUCGUGACCCCUUGGUUCCUACGGCUGUUGCAUACUCAUCGAAGUGUGAUCAGUUCCGUACUGACAC